AGCCAUUAACCGGCACUUCAGCCUCUUUACCUCUCCCAUUCCCAAACCAGAACCCCGAAUAACUGGAACAAAAACAACUACCACCAAAAUGGAGGAAGAGAAAGCUGCGGCGUACUACGAAGAGCUCACUCGAAAAGGCCAAGGCGCCGCGCGCUUCAAGCAAGGCCUCGGCUUCUCCGCCAAUAAGGACGUUGCCGCUCCUCCUCCGAGAGGCUCAGCUCUCCCUUCCUCCACCGCUUCUUUUUUAAGCAAUUUUGUUAAAGCCUCUAGUCCUACACAAGCUUCAAAUCUUGAAAGGCAAGCUCAGCUCGAAUCAAUUCAAAACAAACUCAAGAAGAAACCCAAAGAUGAGGCGUCAGAGAGAAGCAGAAGAGAAUCGGGCCAUCACAGGCAUCGAUCGAGGUCGAGAAGUAGAGAGAGGAAUCACAGGAAGCGAAGCAGAAGCAAAAGCCGAGAGAGGAAUUAUAGGCGUAGAAGCCGAAGCCGAAGCCGAGAGAGGUAUAGAGAUGGAGAGAGGAGAAGGAACCGGAGAUUGGAGACAAGAAGCCGAAGUCGUGGUUUAUCGCCACGAGAGGGCAGAAGGUCGGAGAAGAGAAGGGGUGAUGAUGUGGAAAGGGAGAGAGCAGGGAAGGAGAAGAAUGGCAGCAUUGAUUAUUCGCGGUUGAUUGAAGGUUAUGAGAAAAUGACACCAGCUGAAAGAGUCAAAGCUAGGAUGAAACUUCAGCUUAAUGAAACUGCUAAAAAGGAUGAGGGAAUGGGCUCUGGUUGGGAGCGGUUUGUGUUCAACAAGGAUGCCCCACUUGAUGAUGAGGAAGUUGAAGCUGUGGAAGAUGAUGCAGCACUAGUCAAGCACUUAGGCCAGAGUUUCCGUUUCUCUGCAGUGGAGGCAAGAAGGGAAGAGCAAAUCAAAGUUGCUCACGAUGAGGCCAUGUUUGGUGCACCAUCACUUUUGGCAUCUGUUACUUCAGACAAUGAGAUAGAGAUGGACAACAAUAGAAACGAGAGCAAAGACACCGACCAUGCUUCUAGCCUUCUAAGUGAGAAGGUGGGUUCAUUCUUGAGAAAAAGAGAGAGAUCUGGAGAGCAAAAUCUAAGCAAUUCUUCUCAUGGUUUCAGGUACUUGCAAAGCAGCAAGGUUCCUGGCGCGACCGUGCUCGUAAAGUGUAGAUUGAUCUAGAAGCUAACUGUCUCCUAGUUAUAAUGCUAGAGAAGGAAUAGGCAGUAUCAGUUGCUGCAAUUGACCAUCUGGUUCAAGAAGAAUUCUUGGAGAGUAGUGUGUAUAUGAUCAAGUUGAUAGGUGAAAACCAGCACAUGAUCUAUAAUUUAUGUUUUCUGGAUUUCAGCAUGAUAGGAAUUGGUGAGAGGACUGGAAAGUACAGGUGAAGCUUCAUUGCUGGACAGUUUUGAUUCAUCCUGGUAGAGAUCAGUAAUGGGAGUUUUAUGAUCUGGGACAAUAAUAUUUUUGUGUAAGUAUGCUGAAAGGCCAAGGAGGAGCUAUGUAACUUGUAAAUUGAUGUCAGUUUGUUUAUUUAUCUAUUAAUAUUUGAAUUUGAUUCUUCAUAA